GCUUAAAUAUAUAAAGGAAGGAUCCUGCAGCAAACAUGGCAAACCCUGAGAAGAGGCUGUCUGCGAGACGUAAGCAUACUCUGAAGAGUUGUAUGCUGGUGGUGGCCAAUAAUUUGUUGGAUGCUGAAGCAGGAGUAAAGGCUGGGGAAAGGGAAACAUUUCUGGCAGAGAAAUGCCCUCCUCUGGAGCUGCCAUACGACCACGACGAGCUGAUGGAACUUUGCAAGAAACUCCAUGAGCAGAUUGACAUCAGUGAAGAGGAGAGAUACAGCAUAGAGUUCAAGCUGAACAUGGUUCUCAAUGAGGUCAGAGAUCUCAACAUCAAGAUUGUGGAUCUGAGAGGAAAGUUCAAGAGACCUCGGUUGAAGAAAGUGCGUAUGUCUGCUGAUGCCAUGCUGAAGGCUCUGCUGGGCUCCAAGCACACGGUCAACAUGGACCUGAGGGCCAACCUGAAGCAGGUCAAGAAGGAGGUCAAAGAGGAGGACAAGCAGCUGCGUGACGUGGGAGACUGGCGUAAGAACAUUGAAGACAAGUCUGAUAGGAAGAAGAUGUUUGAUAGUUAAACGUCAACUUGAUUGUUUGUCGGGUUUUAAGUGAUUUUCAGGACAGAAUUCAGGUCUCGCGUCUUUGUAACUGAAUAGUUUUGUUCCAGAUGCUUCAUAUCCAGACAGACGUAACGUCACAUUGAUAAACAGCUUCUGAUAUGGUACGGCAAGUGUUGAAUGGCCUUAAUCUUCUAAAUCAUAGAAGAAUUAAGUUUUCUUUUUUUUUAUUUUGAUCUAGUGCGUGAGCUGAAUUAUAUAACUGAGAUAGAUGGGAUUAAGGUAGGUUAUCGUUUCUUUUUUUUUUAGUUCUGUAAUUUCUGGAUAUCUCACUGUUGAACAAAACUCUUCAGCUGAAUUUAUUUAAGUUGCCCUCUGCUUUUGCCUGUGUUGGCACCGUGCUGUGAUUUAUUUGUACUGUAUGUUUUUAAAGCCAGUACACGGGUAGUGAAUCAAACCUGCUUGUGAUCCGAUUUGUCUUUCUGCAUAAAAAUUGUCUCAAUAUCUGCAAGCGAUCGUCCUCUAAACCUGCACUAAAUGCAUUUCUGUUCCAUUUACAUUUCCCCACUGAACACUGAAACAGAAUCGCUGGAAUUUUUAUUUUAAAAGUUGAAGAAAUCGAUAUCAUUUUGUUGUGACCUCUCAUGGUAAUUCUUUUCUAAAAAGUCUCAAAUAUUUUCCAUUGUAAAAACAUGUAUCAAGGCACUUUCUUUAAGAGAAUGUGGGAUUUUUCUUUGACUUUUUCUGCAUAAGAAACACUUGAUUUGUGUCCUUCAAAAUGUCUUGUGCAUUAAAAGGUAGAAAAUAAAACUAACAUGAAAUUCCAUCCAGCGAUGCAAACCUAAUCCACUCAAUCCAACAUUUUGAACACUCCUGUUUUUGCAUGAUAUGAUCGGAAGUUAUUGAACCAUGUUUGGUGCAUGAAACUAAGGAUGUGCAUUAAACUGAUGCCAAGUAUGUAAAGUGAUGGAGAAACACAAGAGGAACAUAAUGAGUUGUGCAUUAGUGUAGCGAGCCAGCAGUGAAAAGUGUAUAUGAAACAAAGGUCACCUGAUAAAAACAUUAUACUCCAGUGUCCAGUCUGUACUCAACAUCAUGUUCAAACCCAAAUGUGAUUGUCUGAUCUUGUCUUGGUGCUGUCACAUUAAAAUAAAAAAAACUACAUGUUAA